CUAUGUCGGAUACCAAACAAAGUGCGUCACUCACCCUCCAGUCAAUUCACAGCUGGAAGGACAGGCAUUUGUUUUGGACAAUUUCGCGAGCUACAUUUGUUACCACAGGUGAAACAUGGUGAAGAUCGCCUUUAACUCAGCCCUGGCGCAGAAGGCGCUCGGAAAGGACGUCCUUGUCAACGAAAAAGAUCCAGAGACUGCUUCGGUGUACCGUCAUGAGAGCUCCACUGGCCGCUGCCUGCUCACCCUGCUCGGCCUUGCGUUCAUCUUGACCGGUCUCAUCGUUGGCGGAGCCUGCGUGUACCGUUACUUUACCCCAAAGAAGCUGUACCAUGGAGCCAUGCACUUCACCGAGAUGGACAACGAAGACAUCCGUGAGCCCUACUACCUGCCCCGCAUUGACGAGGAGGUGGAGAUCCGCGAUAAUGUGGCCAUCAUCAAUAUCCCCUCUCCCCACUUCAGCAAUGGGGACCCAGCUUACAUCCUGCAUGACUUCCAGCAGAAGCUGACGGCCUAUCUGGACUUGACCCUGCACACCUGCUUCAUCAUCCCGCUCAACACCUCCGUCGUCAUGCCCCCUCAGGACCUCCUGGACCUCUUCAUGCAGCUCAUGUCCGGCUCUUACAAGACGUACCUAGUGCACGAGGACCUGGUGGUGACGGAGCGCAUCGAUGACGUCGACGAGUUGGGCUUCUACAUCGGCCGCCUGUGUGACGGCAAGGAGACCUACCGCAUGCAGCGCCGCUCCGAGAUCUCCGGCAUCCAGAAGCGCUCAGCAGAGGACUGUUUCACCAUCCGCCACUUUGAAAACAAGUUUGUGACCUCCACCAAGAUCUGCAAGGCCUGAAGCUGUUGACACGGGGAUGGGACAGGGGUGGGGGGUUGUUGUAGGGGUUGACCGCAACUACCCCAACAGCCUCCCCACACCCCCCCACCACACACACACACACACACACACACACACACACACACACACACACACACACACACACACACACGAUAGCACAGUUUCUAGGAAGGGGGUGGGGGGUUGGGGGUUGGGGAUAUGGUUGCUACUUUGGCCUGUGACGAGGCCAGAACAGGUCAGGCUCGCUCUUUUGCGUUUCCCUUUGUGUACAUACAGCAUCCUUUUGACGCUCUCGUUUUCACCGUAUUCCAUACACCAUAGGUCUCGAGUAGUACGAAGUGUCUCACAACAGCACAAGUGUCAAAAAAGCGGCAUACUUUAGCAUUUCCUUCUCCAUUCCUGUUGCUGCUGUAUGUACCUGUAUGACCUUCUAUUCGCUUCGAGCCCCCCUAGAGCUCCCUCUAACCUUUGCUGCUGGUCUUGAACUCUGUGCAUAUAGCUCUGUUUCCCACCACCGCAAGAGCAUCUUUAUUUAAAACAAAUAAAUAAGUAAAACUAUGGUGUAUUCUUCUAGCCCCAAUGGGAUAGCAUUAUCGCUUUGUUGGAGGAGAAUGUUUUUUUUAAUUUUUUUUUUUUCCUUUAUGUGUUCCUCAUGUUUGUGAUUAACCUAUUGCACUUGUUUGGUUGUCCAGGUUUUUUUUUGUGUUUCUAAGACGACAGUCCUUAACAUUUCUGUGUCCUUUACGUGACAACAGUGCAUGCCGUGCGUGUUAGCGCUUGUGUUUGGUAGUGCUUGGUUUUAGACUUGUUUAUAGAGGAGCUAUUUAUUUAUACGUUGUGGGUAGCUUGGACCACCACCAGAAGGCCACCAAAGCUGUUUUGCCACCAGCGCCUCCUAGUGGCCAAGCCCAGGUUAUGCACUGAGGUGCUCCUCAAACCACAAUGAGAAGUUGUUGGUGUAAGAGAGGGACCCUGAGAUAUAACAUUGUUCCCAUGGGAUAGCAUCUAUAUUCUAUGUUAGCGCUGUCCAGCUGACGGCAUGUAUAGACACUUUAACAAUGCUUUUAUGCUAAUACUGACGACUGAGUACAUUUAGAAUAGAAACACUAUUGUGGCCCUAUUUUUUUGAUUCUGAAAGCUUUCAUCAAGUUGCAACAGAAAGUAGGUCACAGAAUCAGUCUGAUUGGCAGGAGAUAAGCAUCUGUAGCAAAACGGCAGCAUUUGCUGACUGAUUACUCACACACACACACACACAAAACGUAGCCUGCCAGAGUGUGGGCAUAGUAGACUGAUCAGGCAGAUGCUUCUAGAAGCUUUGUAGACGUGGCAGGCCAUCUACCCCGCCUCUGUCUUCAAAGCGCUCUGCAUGGAGCACCCCCUGUCCAAAGAUGCUUCUCAAAGAUAGUUAAAUAACAUUCACACUGAGUAAUACUUCUUAUCUGCUGUACCUCUGCACUGUGCAAGCACAUUUUGGGUUUCAUUUCCUUGUUGCUCGUCCUUCAGCUAAAGGAUGCAGCACUUUGUCUCACACGAACCAAAUUUGAAACAAACUCCGUGGUUCAAAUAAUAAUGAAUUAUGAUGAAAUCAGUCAACCAAAUAAUUGGAAUAGAAACAAAUGUUCUGCCUGCAUAAUUCCCCUGUUACUUUUAGAGGUAGGUCACAGUGUGGAAAAAGGGAUUUGUAGCUGCGGUAGGCAUUGAAGUUACGUGGUAAAGGUUUCUGUCAGAGCCUUUAUAGGUAGUUUGCACAUAGACAGCAAGUAGGAGGUCUGUCCAGGACCCCAGUGGUAUUUUCAUUCGAGUCGAUGCAAGCAGACGAAGGCCUCAGUAACUGCUGUAGAUACAGCCAUGUUGUAGACGUUAACUGCUGUUGUCAUUCAAUGUGUGUGUAUGAGGUUUUUCUACCCCCUUGUGUUACCAAGACAGGCACCAGUUGUGUGUUCUUAGAUUAUAAUUUUUUUUUCUCUGUGAUUUUCUUUUUCUUAGUUUUGUUUUCAAAAUCUCCUUCAUUUUGGAAUUAAGUAAAAUUGUGGUGUGUGUUAGUGGAGGGAGGUGCUGGUAUUACUGUUCAGGGAAGGACAAUCACAAGUGUGUGGAUCAGGGGUGCGUGAAAGUCACUGUUUCUCUUCGCUUAGGCUCUAUGAAGCCCCGAGCAGUAAAGAGUCUUUUUAAGAAAGAUGACAAGAUGUCUGUGAACCCGACUGAUGAAAUUUCACUUUGUAAGGUUUUUUUUUCUUCUUUUUUGUGUUGUGGUCAAAAUAAAGAUUAAUUUCUUUAAGUAA